AUGUGUAUGUGUAUGUGUCUGUGUCUGUGUGUGUGUGUGUGUGUGUAUGUGUAUGAGGUUCCGGGAAUUUUCUUUUCCGAUAUUCGCCCUCUUUUCCUUUUAAUUAUCAAAUCUACGAACAUAUAUGUUCAUUUUAAUUGCUGUCACCACAACUGCAUUACCAUAAUUACCAUCAUAUCAUCAUCACCAUUAUCAUUAUCAUCAUCAUCAUCAUCAUCAUCAUCAUCAUCAUCAUCAUCAUCAUCAUCAUUACGAUUAUCAUUGUCAAUAUUUUAA